AUGGCUUCAUCCCCGCCCCGCCGCGCCAGCCUGCUCACCACCCACCUCGCCUCGGAAGACCUGUCGCUCACGGCGUUGGCAGCAGCCAGCAGGAGGGCCAGCCGCUACAGCAGCGCCGCCAGCGCCAGCAGCGCCGCCUCCAGCGCGCGCUCUUCCGGCGGCGGAGGAGAUGGCAGCAGUGGGGGCAGGGCGCAGGGCACAGGCGAUGCAGCAGCCGCUCUGCCAGCCGCAGAAAACGAUGCGUACAGCAGCUAUGCCGCAGACUUUGAGUCUGAGAGCCAGAGCGGCGGCAGCGGGGCGACCUGCAUGGGCGGCGCAUCCCACCCGGCAGCCGAGGGUCCCACGCCCCAGCCGGCAGCAGCCAGUGUGCCGCCGCCGCAGCGGCAGGCGGCCAGGCUCAACAGCGGAGAGCUUGCGGUGCUGCGUGAGAGCAUCCUGGAGCUGCAGCUGGGUGCAGGGGCUGAGGCUGGCGUGCCGGGCGGCGGCAGGCUGUCCGGGGCUGCCCCGUUCCUGGAUGAUGCCGCUACUGGUGGUGCUGGCGGCGUGCUUCAAGAGAUUCCCGACCAAGUGGUGCUUCAGGAGCUGAGCAGCCGCUUGAGCCGGCUGGACAGCCAGAAGCGGCGGGUGCUGCUGGAAGUGCUCAGCAAGCUGGAUGUGGCGGCAGGCGGAGGCGCCGAGGGGGCAGCCGAAGCCGAGCCCGGAGGCGACACGGCGGGGCAGCUGAUCGCAGACUCUCUGGCUGGCAGCAGGCGGGCCAGUGAAAUGGGCCUGGCGGCGGUUCUUUCACCUGGCAGGGAAGAGGGAGGACCAGACGCAGAUGCAGAAGGCGUCGCUGCAGGCGUGCCGGCAGCAGCCGCGCCUGCCGAUGCUGCAGGUUCUGAGGAGGAACAGCAGCAGCAGCAGCCGCAGCAGCACUCCCCUAGCAAGGGCCUCCUGGGCAAGCUUGCUGCUCUCAGGCUGGGCCGCACAAGCGGGCUUGCCAACAAGGCAGUUGUUGCUGCCGCCGCCGCUGUGGUCAGCGAGAGCAGCAGCGGUGAUGGCGCCAGCCAGUUCCAGCGCUGGGACCAUGGAGGUGCGCCUGUGGUGGCGGCUGCAGGGGAGCCGCCGCCAUUGCCUGCGGGGACUGGCAGGCAGACCUCCCCGCCGCGGCAGCAGCAGGCGGUGCAGGCUGGCAGCGCGGGCCACAAGCUGCAGAGCAUGGUGCAGCAGCGGCAGCGGGAGCGCAGCCGGCUGUCGCUGGACGGGCGGCAUGCUGCGCAGCAGGCGCAGCAGGCGGCCCAGCUGCCUGCCGCUCACGGGGGCGGCGGGAGCGAAAGGAGUGGCGGCGCGUCUCCAGGCGAUGCCCUGUCGGUGUUUCAGGAUGAGGACUCCCCACCCAGCCUGGCCGCCUCGCCCACGGUGCUGGCGCUGGGGGCAUGGCAGCUGCUGCCAGAUGCGUUGGACGUCGCAACCAGCGACCAGGCAUCAGGCGCCAGCUCGCGAGCUGCAGGCGCCGGCAGCGGCGGCAGCCGCAGCGGCGGCGGCAGCGCUGGGUUCCUGAUUCCGUGCUGCCCCGCCGGGCGAGUGCUGGAGCUGCGUAUCAGCAGCACCUGGGGCGACCAGCACUAUGUCGGCCUGGCAGGCAUCGAGCUGUUUGAUGCCAGCGGCCAGCCCAUCUCAGUCAGGGACCCUCGCCGCCAGGUCAGCGCCACCCCCCACAGCAUCAACGUGCUGCCUGAGUACGGCAGCGACCCACGCACCCCAGACAAGCUGCUGGAUGGCGUGUGCAUGACAUGUGACGAUGCCCACGUGUGGCUGGUGCCCUUCACCCCCGGCGCCCUGCACGUCGUCAGCGUGGCGCUGGAUGCGCCCUGCUCCUUGGGGGCGGUCCGCGUGUGGAACUUCAACAAGAGCCGCAUCCACUCCCUGCGGGGCGCCAGGCAUGUUGAGCUUGCGCUGGAUGGCGGCGUGAUCUUCCGUGGCGACCUGCGGCAGGCGCCCGGCAGCGUGUCAGAGGCGUACCAGCAUGCCGAGCUCAUCCUGUUCACCGAUGACCAAGCAGCGCUGGCAGCCAUCGAGCAGUACGAUGUGCGGUACAGCCGCCAGCUGGCAGCCUCGCCAGCCGGGCCAGACGGCGGCAGGGCCAGCGUGCUGGGUGGCGGCGGCGGCCCAGAGGCCCCGCACCUCGACUUAGUGACUGCAAGCUCGCUGGUGCCGCUGACGGCCCGAGGCCAGCUGGAGCGCACCGCCACGCUGUGCCUGCUGCCCCAGGGCCCUGUCCCCACCGGCAGGCACCAGCUCGUGUCUGGCGGCCGCCCACUGACCGCAGCCUUCAGCACAAGCCCCGAGGCAGCAGCAGCCGCGGCCGCGCCACGAGCGCCUGCCCCGGAGCGGCGCCUGUCGCUCGCCAGCUCCCGAAGCAGCUCCACCGGCGCCGCUUCCGCCGCCGCCAGCGCGCUGAUAUGCUGCCAGGAGCUGGCUCUGGUGCUGCUGGACACCUGGGGGGACAGCCACUUUGUGGGCUUGUCAGGGCUGCAGGUGCUGGGAGGCGACGGCCAGCCGCUGCCGGUGGCGGCCAGCAGGGUGGCGGCAGACCCGCCAGACCUCAACGUCUUCCCCGGCCACUCGGGCGACGUGCGCACAGCUGACAAGCUGGUGGAUGGGACGAACAACACGACAGAUGACGCGCACAUGUGGCUGGCGCCCGUGCGGCGCCAGCUCAGCGCUGCCGUGGCGGCCGCCUGCCAGCGACACCGCCGCGGCCUGGACCGUGGGACGUUCCCCGAGGCAGCCCGCCCCCACAACCUGCUGGUGCUCAGCCUGGAGGGUGCCUGCGCGGUGUCUGGCCUUCGUGUGUGGAACUACAACAAGAGUGCGGCAGACACGGCGCGGGGCGUGAAGCGCAUGGUUGUGCUGGCGGAUGGCGUGGAGGUGUCGCCGCCUGGCGGUGUGCUGGUGCGCCGCGCCCCCGGCACAGAUGCCUUCGACUUUGGCCAACUCAUCCCGCUGCACACCUGCUGGUCAGCCGGCGGCAGCGGCGCCAGGGCGGGGCGCAAGCGCACCACGGUGCAGCACGGCCCCGGCCCAGGGCAGCCCGCAGCCGGCCAGCGGGCAGCGGCGCUCAGCAAGGCGGCGGGCCCAGGUGCCGCACUGGUGCAGCAGCCUGGAGAGAACUUUGGGACUGCCCUGCCCUGCGGCUUCAGCCUGCGGCUGGUGAUGCUCACGACCUGGGGCUGCCCGCACUACAUUGGCCUGAGCGGGAUCGAGGUACGUGAUGCGGUACGUGGGGCAGUACGCAUCCGCCCCGACCAAGUCCAUGCGGUGCCCACCAGCGUGGCGAUCCUGCCUGGGAUGGCGGCGGAUGUGCGCACCCCGGAUAAGCUGGUUGAUGGGGUCACCAGGGUGUGGAACUAUGGCAAGACUCCCAGCCGCGGGGUGCAGGAGCUGGAGUGCUACCUGGAUGAGCAGCUCGUGUGGAAGGGCGUGCUGCAGCGCGCCCCCGCGGCGCUGUCGGCCGUCGAGGACUUCUCGCAGGUGCUGUGCUUCAGCGAGGAGGCGGCGCAGGAGGCGGCGGCGGCGGCCCGGCGGCGUGCCGUCCUGAGGAGGCCGGGGGCGGUGGCUCGGGGCUCUUCCACAGGGGCCCGGGCAUCUGGCACGGGCAGCCUGUCCGGCGCGCCACUGGGAGCAGAGGGGGUGGAGGAGUGGUGCCAGCGGCAGGAGGCUGUGGUGCUGGUGAACGAUGGCCAGUUUGUGGCCUUCCCGCCAGACCGCGGCAGCGGCGGCGGCGGGGCCGUCACCGCGCGGCCAAUCACCGCUGUGGUGGCGGCAUGA